AAAAAAUCAAUGAUCCGCAGGGAUAUUAUUUCUCAGUUGUCAGCUUCAACCAAGCGUAUAAUUUUUAUCAUUGCCAGAUAUACCAGUUUUGUAGAGCUUUCAAAACAACAAUCCAAAGCUUUACUUGAAAUGAGUGUAUAACUUUGGAAACCGUGUUUGAGUGCAUUAAUUAAGCGUUUGCCGAGUAAUAAGCAUCCCAUACGCGUUCUAUGUUUUGUUUUCUAGUAAUAUCCAUUAUUAUAAUGUAACUGUUAUCGGUUUUUUUUUCUUUUUACCGUUAAUAGUCAACCGUCGCACCUAUACUAUUUAAAUGAUUAGUUAAUAAUUAAAAUUACAACAUGCAGCAGGCAAGUUACAGCUGAUUUUAGAUAAACUUUACUCGUCCCUGAUAAAAGCCUUGUCCUAAAGGAUGUAGACAUUAACUGAAGGAGGGGAAAUCGAUUUAUUUUAAUCUCAUAGUAGUCAAGAAGCUUUCUGAUGGCCACAGACAAACAAUCGAAUAUCGAAAUCCGUUUAUAUGUGUUAAGUGACGCGUAAAGCAAACCCACGCGAAAAUAUCAGCACAUAACAAGUCAACACAGACGUUGAAACCCAGAAAACUUUCCGCCUCUUUAAGUGCUUGCCCCGGGGACUUAAAAAAACCAGUAGGGAAAAGAGUAUCCAAUUUUCCCUCCAACUCGACAGCUGUAAAAAAAGAACUGGACACGAGAAUGGGUUGACAAGGAAAAGCACAGUUGGUCACUUGAGCCGGUAACAUUUUAAAGAUAUUUGAGUAUAAUUUGACGACCGUUAGCCGUAGAACUUGGAAGGAAUCCGUCGUAAGCAGAAGAUAAAUUUGGACGCCAGCUGUAUUUUAUUGUGGAGAAUGACAGCUACCUUCGUUUGGAAGGAGUCACGUUUAGUAAUCUAGAUAAUACAAGAAAAAAAAAAACUUGCGAAAGGAAGUUUUCAACAAUGUCCUUAGCGUCAUGGAUCAUAGCCUAUAUACUUGUUGGUCUGCUGCUGGUAAUAACGCUUGUCUACGUCGGAUUCUUGGCUUUCAAAGCUUACAGCAUCCGGCAAGACAUGAAGCGCGCUCAUAGCUACCGGUAUAUCAUGAGGACGCCUUCGGAAGACUUCGAAAUUUCUUCGGCUACCGACGGAUCCCCGAGUCCUAAGCUUUUGGAAGCUUCACUCAGACCACCAACUCAGCCUCCUUUUUCUGUUGGUGAUGUGCAGACGGUUCAUAUCCAACCCCGUCUCGUUAGGCGUUCCCCCACGGAUUUCACACCAUCCGGUAGUCCUGCAACUCCACUGACUCCAAAGUCGCCCGGGACCCCAGGAUUCUUCGAUGACUUGGGAAGCCUGGAUCCCAGUCUUUACACAAUGGUAGCGGAGGAAAGUGGGUGCUCUACUUCCGAAUCUGGUUCCCCUUUAACUCACAACCUUGGCCAGGCUCAUUUCAUAAUCAAGUUCGAUCAGCAUCGUUCAAUCCUGUCGGUAAAGCUCGUGAAAGCGAUGAACCUGUCGCCGCUCGGAAAGGAAUGGAGCAAGCCUUGUAACCCCUACGUCAUCGUGCAACUACUCCCUGAUUACAGACAUCAGCUACAGUCUACUGUGCACAAAAAGACUACCAACCCUCGCUUUGACGAGACCUUCGAAUUCGAGUUGUCCUAUAAGGAACUCCAGUUGCAAACCCUAUGGCUGACGUUCCUCUCGUUUGACACCUCUUCACGUCACGAAGUGAUAGGCCAAGUGGUGCUGCCACUAGCGGAUUUAUCGCUCUCUCAAGACAACGUAUAUCGAACUGAUAUCAGACCGAGUCUUAAGAAACAAGUAGCUUUAGGGGAACUGAUGGUCUCUCUUGGUUACCUCAAGUCCGCGGAGAGGUUGACUGUAGUCAUCAUUAAGGCUCGCAAUCUGCCAGCGGUUAAUAUCAAGGGAACAG